AUGCGAUGUCCCGGGCCUCUAUGCCGCCACGAAGGACAAUAUUACUGGCAAGAUCAAGAGGGAAAAUGGCACCAUAGAUUGAAGACACACUAUCUGAAAGCCCUCGUUAAAUAUUUGGAGCAAGGUGGAGUUCUUGAGACUCACGAUGAUAUCCCUAAUAGUGUUCGCGCGCAGCUCUAUGCCGAGGAGAACCAGCGACUGGACAAAAAAAGAAAGCUGCGGAGAAACUCUACAACGGGUUCAGUGUGUCAUCCAAUCAAUAUCAAUGUCCUCCCGGCUGGAUCAUCUCAACAAUCGAUACAGCCUCCUGCUAAUGAUACCAUGUCUACCGGGCCCGGCUGUACUGAAUCAAUCAUAAUCGACGGCCUGCUAGAUAUCGCUCAGCAAUCGCGGGCUAGCAACGAGACUUUCAGGGAGAACAUCAACAAAGCACGCGACGUGACCCUCGAAAAUUGUCUCGAUCUUAUGCAGAUUUAUGAGGAUCAAGACCCAGGUUUCUUUGUUAAGCACGGCGUGAAAAUAGGUGCCGCGCGGCGGUUCAGCCCAUAUCAUGACGAUUUCAUCUCCCAUCCCGAAGAUCCUGCAACAUGGGAAAACAACUCACAUUACGCUCCAACACCUGGAUAUUGCGGUAGUCCCAAUGCAACACAGUUCAAUUACAGUCCCUCCCCAUCUGUUGUGCUAGAAGAUCAGUCACGGUCAGAUACUCUUAGGCUGCUCCAGUUGUCUGAGUGGGAAGAAGGAAGAGACCCGCCGACCUGUAUACACUACCGUAUAGAGUGGCGUUUUACAGUCAACAACCGAGAGGUGUUAAAGGACACGGAGGAAGAUCUUGUUUUGGCCCCUAGUGCCUUUUGGCAGCUGUUCUUGGAGAAGAAAUUAGAGAAAGUUCUUCGACGAAAAAUUGCCCGUCAUCGUCAGGUGAGAGCCGAUGACACUGCGAUUGUCGUUUCAGUGAACGACCGAACCCAGCGCAAUUUGACUAAACGAUUUGAUGAUACCGAUAUCAUUUGGACCGCCAUCGAGAAGCAGCUCCGGAUGUGGUCAGGUCUAUUCUCCCGGGGUAAAGAGCUCACGCUGAAGAUCAGUUUCAAUUACGUAGACGAUCGUCACUCUCCUCCAGCCGCUGGUCGGAAUGGGGAGAAAAGAGGAAAGGCGUCUGUCACGAAGAGAAUGCUCGAUGAGAGAGCCGCUCAGAUUGAUGCUGAGCAGGAUGCUUCUGGAGAAAGACCUGUCUGGCGCAGCGUCUAUAAUCUGAUGCGGUGCGCAUCCUCGACUUGCCCAUUAGGCCCAUAUUGUUGGGUGGAUCCAAUGGGAAAAAAGCAUUACCAACUGAAGACUCAUCAUCUCAAGCGGCUCGUUACCCACGUCGAAAAAGGUGGGGUGUUAGACGGGCACAAGGAUGUGCCAGAAACAGUAUGCGAAGAAUUAUAUAUGGAAGAGCAACAAAGACAGGAAAAGAACACUCGCAAAGGAGGACAUGUGACUGGGAAUGGAGCACCAUAUCCUGCUAUCAACAUCAAUGUCCUGCCCUCGCAGUCUUCCACCUCUGCGGCUGCACAGGUUUCUGCUGACUUCCAGUCCAUGCAAUCUCUAGGUCCGCUUGAGAUCCCUGGACCUAGGGAUGAAGCAGUCAAGGAGCAUGGUGAAUGGCAAGUGUCAAAUGUCACUGAUGACACUCUCAAGGCUGCAUUUCGAGAGAUCUGUGACAUGAUGAUCGACAAUGGUCAUGAUCUUGAGCAGGUCUACAAGGAUCAAGACCCGGCAUUCUUUAUCGGAAAGGGCAUUAAGAUAGGUAUUGCUCGACGGUUCGUAGAAGACAUUCGGCGCUGGGUUGAGAACGUGAAGAAAGCAAUCCCCAUUUAUGAGAUAAUUUAG